UGUGAUAUUCUUCGACCCUUUCUGCUAUAAGAUGGUGGCGUAUGCUCUUCGUUCGGAGGUUCCAUUCUUCAUCACAAGGCCGCAAUCCAUAAUCCACUCUUCAUCCUACAAGAAACCGACCUCUGUAUAUCUAUAUUGAAAAUUCUCACUGAUAGAGCAACUGUUAAUAUCAUUAUACUACCACCCCCGCUGUUCGAAAUGCCUUUUUCUUCCAAGUCUUCCAAGUCCUCCAGGAGCAGCUCUCUCUCUAGCAAUGCUAGCCAGGGUAGUGAGAAAACGCACACUUUGAGCGUUAACAUCUACGGAAGAGGUGAUCCGGCCAUGAACGACCCUCCUGCCCACUGGGGGGCCAUGAUUCAUAAAACCGGUGAACAAUCUGGUGACCUCUACCAUGUCCGCAAGAACGAAGACUUCUACUACCAUCCCCAACAACGUCCUGUGGAGUCAACUACCACCUACGGCAGAAGCGACAUCACCCGGCUGUCCAACUCUGGCAGAGUGCGGGCCGCGCAGGUGCUGGAUUCCUACGGUAACAACAAUUCGAACUUGCCCCGAGGAAACCAAAAUUGCCAAGAUUGGACUGUUGGGGCUCUAGGCUCACUUGAACGACAGAACCUUGCCCCAAAGGGAACAGAGAGGUAUUGGAAAGGAAAUAUUGGGAAGGCAUCCGAAGAUAUCGGAGCCCAGUUGACAAAAGAUGGCAUGUCUUGGGUCCCCAAGUCGAACGUGCAGCCACCCCGUCAGGCGCCCGCUGAUGCGACGUUCGGCCAGAGCCAGAAAGUCAGGCCCGUAGGCCGGCUGAAUCUCGACAAAUUCGCCAAUCUGAGUGGUGGAGUGAAAAAGCGUACUUAGCCCUUCACACUAAGACAUCUGUCACGCGGAAACUACGUUGACAAAGCUUUCUUUCGCUCCCAUGGUGUGGUUAUGUGCUUCUUUCGCUAUUCUCUCGUGUUUUCUUUCCCUUUUCUGGCUUAACGCUUCCUUUACGCAUGCAUUUCUUUUGUAUUUAGACUAUAUGUCGAUUCAUGUAUAACCUCCAAUCUCUUGCACCUUGCAUCCAUGUUAUGUUAUAUUUAGGUUUACUUCAAUAUGUUUACAUGUGUCAUUCAAACAGAUUUCCGCUCCGAGCUGAACUUAUAGUACUACUAUAAUUGGAGCCGGCCAGGGAAAAGAAGGUGGAGCCAAACAUUGUAUUCCCUAAGGAGCUAUGCCUUACCUCUUAAGACACUAAUUCAUAAUAUACCUCGUCGUCAUCACACA